UUUUGAAUUUAUAUAGUAACACGUAGUAACAUUGUAGAUUUGUUGAUAAUCCCAUAAGUUAAUUUUAUACUAAUGUGAAUAGUUAUCCUUAUCAGUCUCAAUAUUGAGAAAUAUGUAUUUAGUGUCAUGUAUCAUGGUAUUUUAUUCUAGUGUAGUUACAUCUGUAAGUUUGUAGAUAUUUAUUGAGUACUCAGAAAAUGAUUACGGGCUUUUCACCGGUUCAACAAACUCUUUUAGGUACCUUUUUUACAUGGGGUGUAACAGCUGCUGGUGCUGCUCUGGUAUUUGUUUUUAAUUCAAAACAGAGAAAGGUUUUGGAUGGAAGCAUGGGUUUUGCAGCAGUGGUCAUGAUGGCAGCAAGUUUCUGGUCACUUUUGGAACCUGGACUAGAAAUUGCCAAGUCUUCUCGUCAGUACGGAGACAAUGGACAAUAUGCUGUUCUACCAAUAAUUUUUGGAUUCAUUUUAGGAGCUUUCUUUGUUUAUGGAAUGGACGUACUUAUGCCUUACUUGGGAAUUCAUUCUCCAGAUAUUGCUCUUGCUUUGCAUUGUGAGGGUAAAUUUAAAAAAGAAACUCCUUGUCCAGCAGUUCCAGUUUUUAACAUUUCUAAAGAUAAUUUGUACAAAAUCGAGUCAUCGUCAACAACAGUAAAAAGAGUGAGGAAACAUGAUGGACUAAAUAAUAGGAAACAAGAAACCUUGCAAGAAAGUACUACAGAAUUUGAAAAAGAAGACUUGAAAAGAAGUUGGAAAAGGAUAUUUCUGUUACUUGUGGCUGUCACUGUUCAUAACAUUCCUGAAGGUCUGGCAAUUGGUGUAGGCUUUGGAGCUGUUAACAGGACCAAAUAUGCUACAUUUGAGAAUGCGAGAAAUCUAGCCAUAGGAAUUGGCAUUCAGAACUUCCCAGAAGGUCUUGCUGUGAGUCUGCCUUUGCAUGGAGCAGGAAUUUCUCUUUGGAAAAGUUUUUGGUAUGGGCAGCUUAGUGGGAUUGUAGAACCAGUUGCAGGUUUACUAGGUGUUAUGGCUGUUAGUAUAGCAGAACCACUCUUACCAUAUGCUUUAGCAUUUGCUGCAGGUGCUAUGGUGUUUGUUGUUUUUGAUGACAUCAUUCCUGAAGCUAAUAUGGGUGGGAAUGGAAGUAUUGCUUCCUGGUUUGCAAUCAUCGGGUUCCUGUUGAUGAUGACUUUGGAUGUGGGUUUUGCAUAAAGGCAGAACUACCUCAGCAUUCAUUUAUUUAAUUUUUCUGAAAAACAAGAGUUCCAAAGAUGCUCUUAUGCAAUAGUCUGGCAAAAGUUUCAGUUACUUGUUAAAAGUUCUAGAUGACGAGAAUGCUUAGGUUUUUUAUUUAAAAUAUUUUUUGUUGAAGGAGAUAUUAGUGAUCUUUCAAUGACAAAGAGAAUUACAUCUUAAAAUAUGUAGGAGUUUACAUUAAAAUUUUAGGAAAAUGUGAAUAUUUAUAUAUCUGAAAUGGCCAGUAUACAACGUUACAGUAUCAACAAAAAGUAAUACUGUUUGUUUAUAUAAAUAUUGUUCCAUUACAAGACUGGAAAUGUUGGUAGUCAAAUUCUGAUUUGUAAGACACUUUUCAAGAAAUAAAUAGUUGUGAAAAAACUUGCAA